UGAGAGGCUUGAAUUGGGAAGAGGCGGAGCAACCUGACGUGGUGCUGGGGCUGAAGCAGUCGCAGCCCCGGCUCCUCACUGUGUUGCUAUCUCUCUGCCCGUUCGGCUCACUCCAACAACAACAAAAUAGGUAAGAGCAGCAGCGAGUCGCUGCUUUGUGCGCACUGCUGUUGCUGGUGCAGCUCUUGGAGCAGGGCUGAAGGAUGUCCGACAGUGUGUAUGCGAUGGAAGGCGAGGAGAACACCAUCCGCUUCGCCCGCAAAGGUGCCCUGAGGCAGAAAAACGUUCACGAAGUGAAGGACCACAAAUUCAUCGCCCGCUUCUUCAAGCAACCCACAUUCUGCAGCCACUGCACUGACUUUAUCUGGGGAUUCGGAAAGCAGGGAUUCCAGUGUCAAGUUUGCUCCUUUGUUGUUCACAAACGAUGCCAUGAGUUUGUCACCUUCUCCUGCCCAGGUGCAGAUACAGGACCUGCCUCUGAGGAUCCCCGGAACAAACAUGGCUUUCGGGUUCACACCUAUUCCAGCCCAACAUUCUGUGACCACUGUGGCUCCCUGCUCUACGGCCUCAUUCACCAGGGCAUGAAAUGUGACUCCUGUAUGAUGAACGUGCAUAAGCGAUGUGUAUCAAAUGUACCCAGCAUGUGUGGAAUGGAUCACACUGAACGAAGGGGCCGUAUCUUCAUUAAGGCUGAGAUAAUUAAAGAUCUACUCACUGUCUUAGUGAAGGAGGCUAGGAACCUGGUUCCAAUGGAUCCCAAUGGUCUGUCAGAUCCAUAUGUGAAGCUGAAACUGAUUCCUGAUCCUAAAAGUGAGAGCAAGCAGAAAACCAAGACCAUCAAAUGCUCCCUGAAUCCAAUCUGGAAUGAGACUUUCACAUUCAAUCUGAAGGAUUCUGAUAAGGAUCGACGGCUUUCUAUUGGAAUAUGGGACUGGGAUCUAACCACAAGGAAUGAUUUCAUGGGAUCUCUGUCUUUUGGAAUCUCAGAGCUGCAGAAGGCUGGGGUCAAUGGGUGGUACAAGUUGCUGAGCCAGGAGGAAGGUGAAUAUUACAAUGUGCCAGUGCCACCUGAAGAGGACACUGAAGGAAACGAGGAACUGAGGCAGAAGUUUGAGAGAGCCAGGAUUGGGCCGGGCUCUAAAGCAGCUGAGGAGAAGAGAUCCAGCUCUUGGUCCAAAAUUGACAACAAUGGGAAUCGGGAUCGGAUGAAGCUGACUGACUUCAACUUCUUGAUGGUGCUGGGGAAGGGUAGCUUUGGAAAGGUGAUGCUGGCUGAAAGGAAGGGCACUGAUGAGCUGUAUGCCAUCAAAAUCCUGAAGAAGGACGUGGUGAUCCAGGAUGACGAUGUGGAGUGCACCAUGGUGGAGAAGAGAGUCCUGGCUGCUCCUGGAAAGCCCCAGUUUCUGACUCAACUCCACUCCUGCUUCCAGACAAUGGAACGUUUAUACUUUGUCAUGGAAUAUGUUAAUGGAGGUGAUCUCAUGUACCAGAUCCAGCAGGUUGGCAGAUUCAAAGAACCUCACGCUGUAUUCUAUGCAGCUGAAAUUGCUGUUGGUCUAUUUUUCCUGCACAGUCAUGGCAUCGUUUACAGAGACCUGAAGUUGGAUAAUGUGAUGCUCGAUUCAGAAGGACAUAUAAAAAUAGCUGACUUUGGCAUGUGCAAGGAGAAUAUGUGGGAAGGGGUAACAACCAAAACUUUCUGUGGUACACCCGACUACAUUGCACCUGAGAUAAUUGCCUACCAGCCAUAUGGAAAAUCUGUGGAUUGGUGGGCGUACGGAGUGUUACUGUACGAAAUGCUUGCUGGACAGCCUCCUUUUGAUGGUGAGGAUGAAGAUGAGCUUUUCCAAUCUAUCAUGGAGCAUAAUGUAACUUACCCAAAAUCAAUGUCCAAAGAAGCUGUCUCCAUUUGUAAAGGACUUUUAACGAAGCAUCCAGCCAAACGCCUGGGAUGUGGACCUGAGGGCGAGCGAGACAUCAAGGAACAUGCAUUUUUUCGAUGGAUUGAUUGGGAAAAGUUGGAACGCAUGGAGAUUCAGCCUCCUUUCAAACCAAAGGCAUGCGGGCGCAACGCCGAGAACUUCGACCGAUUUUUCACCCGUCAUCCGCCAGUCUUAACUCCACCUGACCAAGAGGUCAUCAUGAAUAUUGACCAGGCAGAAUUCGAGGGGUUCUCCUUUAUUAACACGGAGUUUGUCAAACCUGAGAUUACAUGUUAAACAGUGCCUGGGGGAGGAAUGGGGAGGAAAGGAGAGGGGAGGGGGUUGGGGGGUCACAUCUCCUUAUCACAGUAAGAGACCCUUGUUCCGGGUUGUGCAGCAUGUUCAGAGGCUGUUAACUGUUCCGUGAUGUUUGCUUUGCAAAUCUCUCUCAAAGCGUGUUGGGAAUGCGGUUUUCCAUCCAUCAUUUCAUUACACAGCGAGACACAAAGUGCACACAGCAGCUGCUGACCAGUUCCCAUCGCAGGUGCUUCCCUAGAUAGUAACUCUGUAUGAAGAUGCUUUGCAAAAUGAUUUGCUGCCUUGAUUGCCAAAAGCUGUUCUAUAGUUCAUUAACUGCCUCAAGCCAGUGGCUUUUCUCUCGCUCGACUACAAAGCACAGAGAUAACCCAAGCCCCCCCACCCCCCACCCCACCUUCCCCCCCCCCAUCCCUUCGUUACUGCAGAGUGAGACCCGGCCUAACAUUGCAGAGUGGAGUCAUGAACGUUUCCUCUGGUUGGUGUUUCUGUCUGUGGCCGUGUGUGCAAUCCAAACCAGGAGACCUCUCAUCAGUGGGUUUUAGGAUGUCCAUCUCAGCUAUUCCAAAAAAAAAUGUGUCAAAUGAAGUUCUUUCUCAGUGUAUUAUUGCCCGUAUAAUGUGACCCUGGUGGCUGAAGUGUUCUUUGAAUUGAAAAUUGUGUCUGUAAAAUCUGCUCAGUUCUAGAAGUGAUUGUGACUGUCUCGUUUAUCCUGUUAGUGUGAUCCAAUAAGUUCUUCCCUCUCUGAGCUGAAUGAUUAUGUAAGGCCAGCCUUUCCUCUCCUAACCUGGCCUGACUCUCAGUGGAUCUUUCAGGAGGGUGCGAGGCAUGUUUAAACUGAUAAUGAAACCUUGCAAGACAUUUUAAAAAGAAAUAAAUUGAUGCAUGAC